AUGAAUGGCGGAAAGAACCAACGAGUGGUGACUAGUGUUGUAGUAGGGACCAGGAAGAAAGAGGAUGACGCCAACUCUUUCACCAAAUCUAUCCAGGACAAGGAAAAUAUUCCCGCUUUUAACAUCGAAGAAGAAGUUCUCCUUUGCAUCUGCAGAGACAAUAUCCAACUACAAUUUUGUUUGUUUCGUCCGCAUUACUUGCGGGCUUACCUAGGGGAAGCACCUGAGAAGGGAGUUGCGUAUCCAGCUAAACGUGAUCGUGCGAGUAAAUUGGCGCCAAGAGCAAAAAGGUUUGAAAAGGAUGGGAAGAUAGGAAUCCGACGAAAGCCUAUACUCCACAAUUGCAGUGUAGCGGCAAGUUGGGUCGACAGGUCAGAGUCGCCGUCGAAAAAUCAACUCUACUCAUCGGGAGAGGAAAUUUCAACACCAUGCUGA